GUAACAGCAUUCUUGUCCUAUUACCAACGGAAAUAACGAUUUCUACUUUUUACCUACAUCCGCCUAACAUCCGUCCAACAUCCACGUUACUCCGCUCCCAAUAUCCAACUACACACCUAAUCCCGUAAAUAGCUUCUUUUCGGUGUUUGUUCCAAUCCACAAUGCCGCAGGACCCGAACCUCUACGGGCAACGUCCCUCCAAGCGGCAAAAGAAGGAGAUCCCGCUUUCGAGCUCCCUCGACUUCGCAUCCCAACUCACAUCCCUCCUCUCAACCUCGGCCUCUGGCCCGGCUUCUGCCUCGUCCUCCGCCGUAUCAGCCGGCCGCGCCCGCCCGUCGAAGAAUAAGGAUGACGUAUUCUCCGUCAGAGCGAAGCGGAAACCGGGAUCUGCUGCUGCUACGACAAAUGCAGAUAGCAAGGAUGGAGGCAGAAGUGGCGGUAGGGACAAAGACAGCGCGAAGCUCUCCCUGAAAGAAAUCCGCGGCACCGAAGACGAGAAACAAGACCUCGUGCGCGCGCGCCGCAAGAUGGAGGAGAAGGCACGGCUGUACGCCGCCAUGAAGCGCGGGGACUACAUCGCGAAGGAAGGGGAGUCCGCGCCGCUCGUCGACUUCGACCGCAAGUGGGCGGAGAAACAUCCCGACGACGACCCCAACGGUGCCAAUAACUCGAGUUCGGGGACAGACGACUCCGAAGACGACUCCGACGAUGGGGGAAAAGACGAGCUCAUCGAAUACAAAGACGAAUUCGGACGCACACGCCGCGGCACGCGCGCCGAGAUAGCGCGUCUGCAGCGCCAGCGCAAACGCAUCGAGCUCGGGGCCGCAGAACUGGAAGCCAUGGCCGCGAAGCCGACAAAGGCGCCCGCGAACCUGAUCUUCGGGGACGUGAUCCAAUCAGCCGCAUUCAACCCCGAAGACGACACGUACGCGAAGAUGGAAUCGCUAGCCGCGCGACGGGACAAAGAGCCCACGCCGCCGCCGGACACGCACUUCGACGGGGGCGCGGAGAUCCGCACGAAAGGCGUGGGGUUCUACCAGUUCAGCCGGGACGAGGGGGCGAGGAAGACGGAGAUGGAGGGGCUGGGCCGCGAGAGGGAGAAUACAGAACAUGUGAGGAGGGAGAGGGAGGAGGCAAGGGAGAAGCGGAGGAGGGAGAUUGAGGAGAGGAGGGCGAGGAUUGGGGCUAAGCGCGCGGAGAAGAUGGCGGAAAGCUUUUUAGAUGGGUUGGCUGAGAAGUGGGGGGCUGCUGGUGGUGAUGUUGGUGGUUCUGGUUCUGGUGGUAAGGAUAAGGAAGUUGGGGAUGGGGGAAAAGGGAAGGGGGUUGCGGAUGAGAAGAGUUCUUCUUGAUGACGUUGCAUUUGUGUUUAAUCUACUCGGCUCAUGUCGAACUACGUGGCUCAAGAGUUGAGGUUAUGGGUUUUAUGAAGAAUCAAAGAUACCCCUUUUGUAAUGCGUUUAAAAAUUAGAGUCACUUAAAAACGAGGAUUGGAAGUGUGGC